UUGGUCUAAAAGCGGCAGAUUUAUUUGUGUAUCUACCAGUUUGAGGUUACACCCCCUGGCUUUAGAUAUAACCUAUCAUAGUACAUUUACAACUAAUACUACUAUAAGUUUCAUAAAGCCAAUCGAAAUAGCUGUAAAAAAAAAAAAAAAAAAAAAAAAAAAUUUACUUAUAUUGAUCAUUCUGUAUCUAUUGUUUGUGGGACAGUUACUACUGCUGGACUCGCUGGACUGUCGGACUACAGUAUCAACAUAUUGGAGUUUCAUUUUAGGGGAAACCAGUGCAUUUUCUGCCAAGUCCUCUCUGCCAGUGGUGCGGGACCUGAUCGAUCACUUUGACACUUCUAUUACCAUCUAUCACUUUUACCUCUGCCUCAAGUUGUUAUUCAUUUAGAGGAGUCGCUGUCACACACCAUGCCAGCGAACCAGGCCUUUGUCACCCUGGCCACCACAGACAGCUACUGUAUGGGGGCGCUGGUGGUAGGACAGUGUUUACGACGACACAGGACCACACGCCAGACUGUUGUGAUGGUCUCCACUAAUGUCUCUAGCCAGGCACGGGCUGCCCUGGGCCAUGUGUUUGACCAGGUCCUGGUAGUGGACGUGCUGGACAGUGGAGACCAAGCACAUCUAUCCUGGCUGGGACGACCAGAACUGGGGGUCACUUUCACCAAGCUCCACUGUUGGACCCUCACCCAAUACAGCAAAUGUGUGUUCCUGGAUGCAGACACACUCGUGCUGUGUAACGUGGACGAGCUGUUUGAGCGUGAGGAGCUGUCUGCGGCCCCUGACCCUGGCUGGCCGGACUGUUUUAACUCAGGGGUGUUUGUGUUCAGGCCCUCUCUGAUCACCCACGGCAGGCUCUUGGAGCAUGCACGACAACACGGCAGCUUCGACGGUGGGGACCAGGGCCUCUUGAACACAUUUUUCAGYGACUGGGCUGUUAGAGAUAUCAGUAAACACCUGCCUUUUGUGUACAACCUCAGUACCAUCGCAGUCUACACCUAUUUGCCUGCUUAUCAAGAAUAUGGUCACAAUGCUAAGAUUGUCCACUUCCUGGGUUCGGUCAAGCCAUGGAAUCUACGUUCUAACUCACAGACCAAUCAGCACACCAACAGCCACCUGGAAGAGUUUGUUUACCAGUGGUGGAUGGAGUACUCCUACUUACAUCACCUAUUAAAGACAAUGUCCCAUCAAGAACCUGCUGUGCCAAUCCAACAUGCUGGGCCAAAGCAACAUCGUACCCAACGUCAGGAUGUAUCCACGGGGAAGGAGGGAGGAGCUGGAGACAGAACAGCCAACCAGGACCCACCUGGACCCAGUGAAGAAGGGUCAGAGGUCACUGAAACAGCCUUCAACCCCAUGGAGGACCCUGCCACUGAACCUACUGCUGCCAAGACAGAGGAGGAUGAGCUGGAGCAGCGCAGGCUGUGGGAGGAGGGCCAGGCUGACUACCUGGGCAAAGACGCCUUCGACAACAUCCAGGAAAAACUGGACCGAUUCUUACAUUUGUAGCUUGUUUUGUGUGGCAAGAUACUGUAUAUUCAUGUUCAUUUUUAAGGGUGUUAUGUCUCUAGUGUAGGCCACCACUCUAAUAGGGGUUUCUGUGUCCCUUUGCUGUAAAAAAAAAAAUAUAUAAACACUUGAUCUCAAUGUCAUAAAAAAAUGUGGUCAUAGAAUUCAAGUUCAGAUGCAUUCCUUAUUUUGAUGUUAUGCUGGAAAUUUCUGGAAGAUUUUAAAUUGUCUUUAUGUUGCCACUAGAGGGUACUGUGGCUUUUUAAAUAAAGCACUUUUCCUGGUCAAAGUUAAAGUCACACUCAACUCCAA